AGGAGACAGUCAUUGGCGUCGGAUCGGCAGUUGUUCGCAAAUUGUCCCUAGAUACGCCAAUUGUAUGGCCGAGUUGUACACACGCGCUGCCUCACGACAUUGAUUCAGUCUGAAUCUUGUCUAUAUUUGAUAAUUUCCUCUCCACCUUGGUAGUGAUCGUACCCGGGUGAAAUCGCAAACUCUCGCACCGUUUCGGUUGUUGUCUUUUGCGUGUUACAUCGCUCGUGUCUUGUCUUCCUCGUUGGCAUAACCACCUACAAUUCGAUUGACGCGAUAAAGUCUGGCCUACCUGCAGCUUGUCAGGCGUCGGUAGACAGCUUCAAACGGGCUAUCCACACCCAUUGGCUGCAAUUUAUCACCACAAAAAGCUUCGUCUUUCUGGGGCAUUGCUCGAAACCUCUCAUAUUGAACUUGGAAACGCCCCUUUCGGCGUUCAAAACGUAGAAUGGAGCUCGUCAAUCACUUGAACGAUCGUUUACUCUUCGCGGUUCCCAAGAAAGGAAGAUUGCAACAGGCUUGCCUUGAUCUCCUUACGGGUUCCGACAUUCAGUUCCACCGUCACAACAGAUUGGACAUCGCACUCGUCAAGAAUCUACCGCUUGCCUUGGUCUUCCUGCCCGCAGCAGACAUCCCCACCUUCGUAGGUGAAGGCCGUGUCGACCUCGGCAUCACCGGCCGGGACCAGGUGGCCGAACAUGAAGCCAUCGUACCUCCAACUGCGACCACCGGCGUCGAGGAGAUCAUGGACCUUGAAUUCGGGAAAUGUAAACUUCAGGUGCAAGUCCCGGAGCACGGCGAAAUCCAAACACCUGAGCAGCUCGUCGGCAAGAACAUUGUGACCAGCUUCACGAACCUCUCGGAGAAGUACUUCAGACAGCUUGAGCAAAAAGCAUCUCAAGAGGAUGGAGCGGAUGCCACCGCGAAGCUGCGAACCCGCAUCAAAUUUGUCGGUGGCAGUGUUGAAGCUGCUUGUGCCCUGGGAGUAGCUGACGGCAUUGUCGACCUUGUUGAAUCUGGAGAGACAAUGCGAGCCGCUGGCCUCAAAGCCAUCGACACCGUAGUCGAAUCCACUGCAGUUCUCAUCUCUUCCAAACACCCUUCAGAUCCCAAAUUGGUGAAUCUCAUCGCGACACGAAUCCGCGGAGUCAUCACAGCGCAGAAGUACGUGCUCUGCGUCUACAACGUCGAGCGCAAAAAUCUGGCCGUCGCCGAGACCAUCACUCCCGGAAGGCGAGCUCCGACGAUUACUGGUCUCGAAGACAAGGACUGGGUCAGUGUUUCUGCCAUGGUUGCUCGUAAAGAAUUAGCAACAAUCAUGGACCAGCUCAGCGAGAUUGGUGCCACGGAUAUCUUCGCCACGAAACUGGAAAACACUCGAACUUCCUAGGAUGGUGCUUCGAUUCUGGUCGUCUCUGGAGGCUUCUCUGCCACAUGUUAGCCAGUACAGAUAGAUUAUUUGUUUUGCCAUUAAAAACGAUGCCAGGAAUCAUCUUAGGGUAGGUGCAACCCUAGCGUCCAGUUUGUCCACGGGUUUGGACAGUUGAAUGUUCACCACCUCUGAGGUAGUAAUGAACUGUACAAGUGUGACCCUCACUCGCUUUGUAAUUUUGCAUACCACAUUGACUCACUUCGUUAAUAGCCAC